UCCUCCUAAUAUUUCACUUCCCUCUUCGUUUUUUUUUUUUUUUUUUUUAAUAAUUUGGUUCUCAAUUAUGCUCUUCUCUGAGUCCAUUCAAAUUUUAGGGUUCUUAAUUUUGCGCUAAUCGAUUCUCGAACUAGAUUCGUCUCCUCCUUCACUGGGAGCUUCUUCUGGUUAUGUUGACGACUUCUGAGAAAUUCUCCGUGAUUCUCUCAGGAUUAUAAAUUGAACACGGAAGAGUGAUAUCCUCUAACUCCAGACUCUUUAAGGCCUAUUAGAUUUAUUUAUGUGAUGGAAGGAUGUGUGCGUUCUGAACUGGGAGUAUGAGUUAUAGCUUCCCUGGCUGUGCUGUGUUUCAUAGACUUUGCUAAGCUGACUGGAGAGAUUUGAUUUUACGAGGUUUAUUGUUGCAAUGGAAUGCAAUAAAGAAGAUGCUGCGGAAGCAAAACAAAUUGCAGAGGAAAAGAUGGAGGCUGGUGAUUUUGUUGGAGCUCAUAAAUUUGUUACCAGGGCUCAAAGACUCUUCCCCAAUCUCGAAAACUUACUGCAGAUGAUAACCAUAUGUGAUGUGCAUUCUGCUGCAAUUAAUAAAAUCAAAGGGCUUGAGAACUGGUAUGGUAUCCUUCAGGUUCAGCCUUUGGUGGCUGAUGCCGAUACAAUCAAGAAGCAAUACAGAAAGCUUGUCCUGCUUCUCCAUCCAGACAAAAACAAGUUUCCUGGUGCAGAGGCUGCUUUCAAGUUGGUUGGAGAAGCACACAGAGUGCUUUCUGAUCAGAUGAAACGCUCUCAGUAUGAUGUCAGAUACAAAUCCCAUUCAAAUUUAGCUAACAAGCAUGCAAAUGCAAACUCGGGUCGCCACUGUGCUGCUACAAACAAUGCUGCCGAUAAUAUUGUAAGUGUUCACACAUUCUGGACGAGUUGCAGGCACUGUGGCCGUUGGUAUAAAUACUUGAAAGAAUAUAUGGACACAGUUAUGCACUGUUCCAGUUGCCGGAAAGCUUUCGUUGCCCGCAGCAUAAGGUGUGAUGGAGUGCCUCCUGGUAGUUCAACUGCUGGUAAAAAAGAUUUUCAAUAUCAAGGGAUGUACAAUACAUCUCGGCAGAAUGCUCCUACUGAAGCAGAAUCAGCAAGUGCAGCAGCUGAGAUGGAUAAGAAUGGAACAGUUGAAGGGAAACUCUACAGGAAGAAUCAAGUUAAUCAGGAAAAAGGCGCUGAUGACAGGGAACUCAAGAAAGAUGAGGGUUGUACCGAUAGUGACACCGAAGGAAGCAGACCCCAGAAUGGUGAGACAGGUAGUAUGAAAGAUUCUGCUGAAAUACCUAAAGCUGAUGUAUUGAAGCCGCAGCAUCAAGUAAAAGAACCAGAUACUACUGCAGGAGAGUCAAUACCUGAUUCAUCAGCUCCGAAGAAGACUAAUGCAUACAAAAGGAAGAGAAAAACGGUUGAGGAAUCCUCUAAGAGUUUUGAGGUGGAUAGCUCUGUUGCUGCUGGGGCUAAAACAGAUACAAAGCGGGGAAGCGAUGGAGAUUUUGUCAACCCUCCAAGUAAAAAGACAAAACCAGGUUGUGAAUCUGAGUCUGAGUUUAAUAUGAAGAAAACGGCUGAGGAUAAUAAGUCAGCUGAACAGGCUGAUUCUGGGGUCUCUUCCGCGUCUUCACAUGCUAAUAAAGGAAAUGAAGACAUCCUGUCAUCCAAAAACAAAGUUAGUGGAGGCUGUAAUGGUAAUGGAGAAGAUGCAGCCUUGUUGAGCAAGAUUGAUAGAGUUGAAAAUGGAUACAAAGCUAAUGAAAACCCUAAUACAGUUGAUGUACCUGAUCCGGAGUUAAAUGUGUUUGAUGUUGAACGGAACACAGAGAAUUUUGCUGUCAAUCAAGUGUGGUCUACAACUGAUUCUAGAGAUGGUAUGCCUAGGAAAUAUGUUCGGGUAGAGAAUGUGUUGAAUGCCGAGUUCAAGCUGCGGAUUACCUACCUUGAGCCAGUAUGUGAUGAGAAUGAUGAUAGUAUUCCAGUUGCUUGUGGUAAGUUCAAAAAUGGGAAAACAGAGGAAGUUGAGAACCGCUCAAUCUUUUCAGGUCAAAUGCAUCACUUGCGUUACAACAAGACUGUUUCCAUCUAUCCUAUGAAAGGAGAAAUAUGGGCCAUUUUCGGAGAAUGGAACAAGGAAUGGAACAAUAGUCUAGAAAAGCAUAAAUUACCAUACAAGUAUGACUUUGUGGAAAUUGUGAGUGAUUUUGACUAUGAUUACGGUGUUGGAGCGGCCUACCUGGGUAAACUAAAAGGUUCUCGUCCGCUAUUUCACAGGGAGGCAAAGUAUGGAAUUUGCCUGAUUCAAUUUUUUCCGGAAGAUAUGCUUAUAUUUUCUCACAAAGUACCAGCAAUCAAAAUGACCAGAAAAGAGAAAGAGUGUGUUCCAGCUGACUCAUAUGAACUGGAUCCUGCUGCAUUACCAAAGUAUAUACUUCAGGUUGAUGCAGUUGAAAUGGAAAUGGAUAGUGAGAUCCUGAAAGGUAAAGCUGACAGCCCUUAUCCCGAAGCUCCCAAGGUUGGAGCGAAGGUCAAGCUAGUUCCAGAGACCGCACCAUCCCCAAGGAAACGUCGAAAAUCUGAUGAUGAUAAUUGCGUUUGCAGUAAUCUUGGGGAAGUCAAACGCGGAACAAACAGAAGCCAUAAUAUUUCUUUUUGUGAAGUUGAUGAAAAGAACACACCAAACAAGUCCAGAAAGAAUGGUGAGGCCACAGAUGGCUUCAAACUUCGAAAAUCUCCUCGUCUUCAAACGAUUCCAAGCCAACAAGGAGAUGGGAAGAAAAGUCAUAAACAAGGCAACAAAAUGAAUAACUCAAAGAAAAGUGAUAAGGAUCUUGUGACAGAUUCUUUGGGAGUUGAUGAACAGAACACACCAAACAAGUGCAGAAAGAAUGGUGAGGCUACAAAUGUCUUUAAACUGCGAAAAUCUCCUCGUCUUCAAACAAUUCCAAGCCAACAAGAAGAUGAGAAGAAAAGUGCUGAACAAGGCAGGGAGAUGAAUAACCCAAAGAAAACUGAUAAGGGUCUUGUAACAGAUUCUUUGGGAGUUGAUGAAAAGAACACACCAAACGAGUCCAGAAAGAAUGGUGAGGCCACAGAUGUUUUCACACUCCGAAAAUCUGCUCGCCUACAAACAAACUCAAACCAACAAGGAGAUGAGAAGAAAAGUGCAAAACAAGGCAGGAAGAUGAAUAACCCUAAGAAUACUGAUAAGGGUCUUAUGACAGAUUCUUUGGGAGUCAGAAAAUCUCCCAAUGGCAUUCACCAAUCAGCAGAAAGUCAGGAAGGAGAGAGCUCGAAGAAACAAGGACCCAAGGGUGAAACACCGUCUCUGUCCAAGCUGAGUGAUUUGCCAUCUCAGGUGGAUGGUUCCAUGUAUGAGUUCCCUAAUACAACUCCUGUGUCACCAAAUUGCAAAACACCUCGAAGAAGUGCCUUUGACUUCAAGAACCUGAGAUCUGAAGACAGAUUCAGAGUUAAUCAGGUAUGGGCUAUUUAUAGCAAUGACAAGGGGAUCCCCUCAGAGUAUGUGAAGAUCACGAAAGUUGAAACCAAGCCUAAGUUCGUGUUAUGUGGAACCCCGACGGAGCUGUAUCCACCAUCUACGGAACCCGUAACCCGCCCUGUGUCUUGUGGGGAAUUUAAGUUGAAAAAGGGAAGACCGAGAAUCUUUCCUUGUGCCAGCUUCUCACAUCAGGUCAAACCCUUCGACAGUAAUAAGAAAUUCAUAGUCAAAGUAUACCCAAGGAAAGGUGAGAUAUGGGCUCUAUAUAAGAACUGUGAUAGCACUGAAGAACACGACAUUGUAGAAGUGGUGGAAGAUAACUGUGACGGGGAAAUCGUAAAGGUGGUGGCUCUGACUGCUAAAGGCUCUAGUUCUCUAUACACAACUCAGAGGAAAGAAGAGGCGGGUGCGGAUUUUAUAAACAUUCCAAAGGCAGAAAUGAGUAGAUUUUCUCAUCAGAUUCCGGCUGUCAAAACAAGGCUAGUUAAAGGAGGAUACUGGGAGCUUGACCCUAUAGCAAUUCCAACUCGCACAAUAGUCUUCGACUGAGCACAGUUCCAAGCAUGCCUUCGAUUUCUAUCUUCAGAGAUUGUGCAGAUAUGGUUAAUGCCAGAUUAGUAGUAUCUAAUGGGUAGCUUUGAGUUUGGUAUUUUGUCAAGAAAAUUAUCAGAUUAUUGUCUUUGGCUAUGGCUUAUGGAGUUGUCAGUGAAGAAGAGACACUGUUUGUGUUAUUUUUCUGUGCAGCGGAGAAUUACUAUAAGUUUAUCUAAAAGCAGCUUUUAGAGACAUCCGUUUAAAUUCAUAAUUCAACUUCUUCA